CCGCACAACAAACAAGCAGUCACUUUCUUUCUUUAUUUUUUUGUUUCCUUUUUUUUGAAGAGCAAUCAUAAUGCAAUCCCUUUAAUUUCCCGGCAAGACAAAAAACACUCAAAAACCCUAAUUACUCUUUUUUUUUUUUUUUUUUUUUCAGUUCCACCAACCAGAGAGAGUAACAGAACCAAACCAAACCCACUCUUUUCCUCAUUCUUCUUCACAGUUCAUCAAACUCAUCAAAAUCAACCAAACCCAUUUUUUGUUUGUUUGUUCAGCAUUCGAUUUUUCAACAAUGGCGGAUAAUCGGAGCGAGGCGAGUGAUUACUCGUCGGAGGAAGAGGGCAGCGAGGAUUACAGGCGAGGAGGGUACCACAAGGUCCAAGUCGGUGAUACUUUCAAGAAUGGGUGCUAUGUUGUGCAGAGAAAGCUUGGGUGGGGCCACUUCUCCACUGUCUGGCUCGCUUGGGACACUCAAAGAUCGCUUUAUGUAGCUUUAAAAAUUCAAAAGAGUGCUCAGCAUUACACUGAGGCUGCGUUGGACGAGAUAAAGAUUCUCAAACAGCUUGCUGAAGGGGACCUGGAUGAUAAGAAAUGUGUUGUGAAGCUUUUGGAUAAUUUUAAGCAUACGGGGCCAAAUGGGCAUCAUGUUUGUAUGGUUUUUGAGUAUUUGGGGGAUAAUCUUUUGACGCUUAUUAAGUAUAGUGGUUACCGAGGGGUUCCUCUCCACAUGGUUAAAGAAAUUUGUUACCAUAUUUUGGUUGGUUUGGAUUACUUGCAUCGUCAACUCUCAGUUAUACAUACUGAUUUGAAGCCAGAGAAUGUCCUGCUUUUGUCGACGAUUGAUCCAUCCAAAGAUCCUAGGAUAUCAGGUGCUCCUCUCAUCCUUCCAAUCAGCAAGAAUAAAACUUUGUCCGAGUUUCAGGCUUCAAAAGACACUAAGAGUUUGAGUGGGGACCUGACCAAGAAUCAGAAGAAGAAGAUUCGAAAAAAAGCUAAGAAGGCAGCUCAUGGUCGUGUGGAGCAUGAAACUACUGAGGGAAAUGAAGCAGAUUCAAAAUCACUUGGUGAAGAAGAUUCCAGUACUAAUAUUAAAUCAGUUGAGGGUUCUUUUGAAGAACAACCAAAUAAUUCUGUGAAAGAUGAAUCAACAAAGGGUGAUGAAACAAAGGAUAGUUGUGAAGGAAGUGGUAGGAGGGGAAGCCAUUCCACAAAGAAGAAGCUACUGGCAGCUGUUGAUCGUAGGUGCAAAUUGGUUGAUUUUGGAAAUGCUUGUUGGACAUAUAAGCAAUUUACCAAUGAUAUUCAGACAAGACAGUAUAGAAGCCCAGAGGUUAUUCUUGGAUCUAAAUACUCAACACCUGCAGAUCUCUGGUCCUUUGCUUGCAUUUGCUUCGAGAUGGCCACUGGAGAUGUUCUAUUUGAUCCUCACAAUGGUGACAACUAUGAUAAGGAUGAGGAUCACUUGGCACAAAUGAUGGAGCUUCUUGGAAUGAUGCCACGCAAGAUUGCUUUAGGUGGCCGCUAUUCCCGAGAUUUCUUCAAUAGAUGUGGGGAAUUGAGGCAUAUCCGUCGAUUGCGUUUUUGGCCUAUUAAUAAGGUGCUAAUGGAGAAGUAUGAUUUCAGUGAGCAAGAUGCAAAUGAUCUGGCUGAGUUCCUUGUUCCAUUACUUGAUUUUGUCCCUGAAAAGAGGCCAACAGCAGCUCAAUGCCUUAGUCACCGAUGGAUUAGUGCAGGCCCUCGGCUUCUUGAGCCUUCGGUGGCUGAUAUCCAACUUGAGGCCACAGAUGAGUCUCUAUCUGAGAAUAAAAGGAGGGAAAAGUAUGACAGGGAGGCAAUGGAAGUUGGAUUUGCAAACAUAGCCGUAAAUGGAGCUUGAUAAGCAGCCAAAAAUUCCCAACCUGUACUAAAUUCACCAAAAUAGAUGACUAACAGGUUUGCGGUAGUAUACCCUGUUAUUUCAUGCAAUAUGUUUUCUUCACACACACUGACUUCCAUUUUAUUUGAUUGGUGGAGUGCCUGUAUCCAUCUGAGAUUCAUGUGUUGUGAGGAUGCAACCUGGGAAGCACUUGUUUGUGAAGUGGUUUGUGUAGCUACACGGAUGUCUACUCCAGUUUUGACUAUUGAAAGAGAGCCUCUUCAAGCAUGCUCAAAUUUGAGAAUGCCUUUCUCAAGCAUGUCAUCCCUCUUUGUUUUUUGACCUGGUCUUUUUUUUUUUUUUUUUUUUUUGGGGUGUACAAUUCUUUGGAGUUGGGCAGUUAAUGUAUCAAACUCUUCCCUAGAUUAGGAUUCUUUUUAUGUUAUAUUUGAUGGGUAAAAGUUGUACGUUUUA